CCGGGUCUCUCCCCUGCAGGUAGCUCAGCACCCAGCGGGAUGAAGGCUGCCGUGUUCCUGCUGCUCACCCUCCUGGUGCCUGCGUACCACACGGGUGCUCAGUGCAUCAUUGACAAUGUGGUGGAUCUGAAGGUGCAGUCAGCGAUUAGUUCCAUAGUGUCCUCCACCCUGGCCAAAGCCAAGCUACUCUGCCAGGACGUCUCGGCACGUGGGGCACUUGUCUCCUGCCCAGCAGGGUACAAGCCCACGGGCUGCGCCUGUGGAAUGGCUUGCGGCUCCUGGGACAUUCGCUCCGACUCCACCUGCCACUGCCAGUGCGGCGGCAUCGACUGGACGGCCGCGCGCUGCUGCAAGAUAGGGCUGGAGUGAUGACAAAACCCAGCCUGGGGCACCGGAGAGCCCCACCUGACCUGCUGCCCCUGCCGCCCCCUCGCCGUGGGCCCUGGCACAGAACCAUGCUGUGCCCUUUGUGCCCAGUGCAAUGAAUAAACUUGGAUCUGGGUCUGUUGAUGCUUCUCUGGCUCUGUUCUUCCCCUGCCCUCCCAGACUCUGGUACCUAGGGCCAGAGCAUGGGCCGGGGGCACAACUCUGCCUCACUCUCCUAUUUCCCCCAUAGAGGCCUCUGUCCCGAAUCCGAUUGGGCUGCCCCUGCUGGCAGCUCACCAGAUCCCUACUGGGGUCCUGACACUGAACCCCACAAGUGCUCUGAGCUUCCUGGGAUCUCAGCAGGUUGCAGCACUGGUGUCUGCCGUGGCCUCUGGGGCACAUUUCCAGGGCAUUGACUUUGUUACCCCUUCACAGAAAUGGAGCCCCGCAGCCCACCUGCCGUAGGCCCUAGGCCCAGCACCGACCCCCAACUAGCCCCAUAGCUUGAACUCCCCCUUC